CACUUUUGGGGCUGGGUUUAGAAGAAUUUGACUUGAGUUGACUCUCCGUUGAAUCAGUCAGUAACCGAUGUUCAUAGUGUGUAGAUCAACCCGUGGAGAGAAAAAGGCUCUCGAAUAAAAGACCCCGAACCUCCGGUACCACUAUGAACACCCCAUUGGGCAUUAUCAUUGUAUUGGCACCAUUCCUUGGUAGCCUCUCGGUCGACGCACAGUACCAAAAAUUUGGUUCCAAAGGUCGUUGUCCCGAGCUCUCACAGCGUUCCCCCUACGAAUGUGAGGGCCAAGUGGCCAAUUGUUGGUCGCCAGGAGUUCCUGAUCUGGAUUGCCCGGGAAAUGGGCUUUGUUGCGACAACGGUUGUGUUGCCAAAUGCCUCGACUAUGACCCAGCCCCGCUCAGGAAGCCUGCCUCCUAUCCUAAACCCCUGAAGAAACACCAUGUCCCUGCCAAACAGUACCCUAAACCUGCCCCCCAGCACAAGGAAGCCCUACAUCAUUUCCCCAAGCGCACUGCCCAAAAGGUGUACCCGCUUCAUCCCCAUCUAGCACGAGGGAGUCCCGAACAGAACACCAACUGCCCUGCCGUUACCCGAAAAGCACAACAUGAGUGUCAUGGUAGGACCACUCAUCGCUGCUGGAGUCCCGGGCACCCUGAUACCGAUUGCACUGGAAAUGGGUUCUGCUGCUUUGAUGGUUGUGCCAACACCUGUUUGAGAGACAAUUAUCAGCCCCCACCACCCGUCAGAACCACCAAACGACCUUCAAAUCCUUGCCAUCCCUCACCCUGUGGACCUGGCACAACUUGCACAGUCAAUGGGAACGGAGAUCCGGUCUGCCAGUGUGUGGGCAACCUGGUACCCAAGCCCGACACCAUCACUGGAUGCGGUCCAGAAUGUGUUAUUGACCCCGAUUGCGGCUAUGGUCUGGUUUGCCGAUCUCAACAAUGUGUUCUCAAACCCGACCCGUGCAGCCCCUCUCCCUGUGGUCCAGGUACUACUUGCCGGAACGAUGGCAACGGUAAUGCCAUUUGUGAGUGCCAACUCGGACUCAUCCCCAAGCCAGAUACUAUCACCGGGUGUGGUCCGGAAUGUGACACCGACUAUGAUUGCUCCCGAGGAUACAUUUGUCAGAGCCAUAAGUGUGUGCCCAAGCCAGAUCCUUGUAAUCCGUCACCUUGUGGACCACGCACCACUUGCACGGCAAACCACCUGGGCAACCCGGUAUGUAACUGCCAACCGGGUUUCGUGCCCAAACCUGAUACCAUCACUGGCUGUGGUUACGAAUGCACCAAAGAUGCUGAAUGCUAUCAUAAACCUGGCACCGUUUGUAUGGACUACAAAUGCGUUCCCAGGGCUGAUCCCUGCUAUCCCUCGCCUUGCGGCCCUGGCGCUUACUGUCUCGAAGGGCCCAAAGGUAAUGCCAUUUGUGAAUGCGAGCAAGGUCUCAUUCCCAAGCCCGAUACUGUGACUGGUUGUGGCCCUCAAUGUGUGAUUGAUGAUGAUUGUCCCAUCGGGUAUGUCUGUCAAUACAACAAGUGUAUAGAACGACCGGAUCCCUGCGAUCCUAGCCCUUGCGGCCAGGGAACAUCUUGCGAAGUGGACCGUAACAGUAAUGCCAUUUGCAAGUGUCUCCCCGGCCUGGUUCCAAUGGCCGACACAAUUGAAGGCUGUGGACCUGAAUGCACUGUUGAUCCUGAUUGCUAUCACACUUUCGGAUCUGAUUACGUGUGCGAAAACCAAAGAUGUGUAGAAAAAGCGGACCCAUGUAAUCCCACCCCGUGCGGUCCAGGCACUUCGUGUGAACCCAACUCGAGAGGAUUUCCGAUUUGCAAGUGCUUGGGCAGACUCAUCCCUCAACCUGACACCAUCACCGGGUGUGGACCGGAAUGUGUGGUUGACCCAGAUUGUCCCGCUGGUUACCGUUGCGAAUAUGAGCAAUGUGUUGAGAAGCCCGACCCCUGUAAUCCUAAUCCAUGUGGCAUGAUGGCCAUCUGUACUCCCAAAGGUUAUGAUGACUAUCAUUGCGAAUGCCCGCGGGGAAGAUUUGGUGAUGGAUUUAUUUCUUGUCAACAGGGAGAAUGUCUGAAAGACGCUGAUUGCCCCAAUGACAAGGCGUGCAUGGACUAUUUCUGCAUCAGCCCCUGCCUCAUGAACUCAACGUGCAGUGCCCAGGACUUUUGUAAAGUGAUCAACCACAUUUCGGUGUGCGGCAGCAACCAAGGCCCUCCACCCGAGGGUCGGACUCCUGUGGUCAUCGGGGGUCGGUACAACCCGGUUCAACCCCGUCCGGAGAGCCGGACUAAUAUCGUGAUUGGAGGCCAAUACUCUGGUAGUCAGAGGGGCUCUUCUUCCAAUUGCGUGGGAAGGCGUUGUGGAUUCAGCGAGGGACCAAGGCCAUCAAUCGUGGAGGCCAGAAGACGAUCUCAUGCUGGCCGUCCCCGAGUGAUUGGAGCUCAAUUUAACAAGAAAUGAGGGCAUUAAUUCUCCCAUUUAAUCAAUGUCGAUGGCGAUAAUUUUAUACAAAUAAAUUGCUCGUUAAGCUGAGCUGAAACAUUGAAAAGUCAA